AUGAAAAAGAAGUAACAAUUGAAAAAAGUUGAAUAAGAGAAUAAUUCUUCUUAACCUACCACAGCUAUCGCCUCUUAAAAAAGUAAGGAUAUUAGUUCAUAUUUUGAAAGAGUUUGUAAAUAAGGAUUUGGAGAAUGAUCUAUUAGAGUAUAAAGCCAAGAUGAUUAAUCAUAUAGAGAAUAGAAUAUUGCAUUCAUAAAAGAAAUUAGAAGACUCUAUAAGAGAAGAGAUGGAACAUUUUGAAUAACAGAUUUCAAAAAUUAUCAAUGAAUUAAGAGAUGAUCGUUUUGACCACAAAGUAAGUUCAAUAUAACAUUAAGAAAGAUAAAUGGAGAAAGUAUUCAGGUAGAAAUGAAAUGAUUAUUAUUAUAUAGAUAUAAGCCUUCUCUUUUGUCUGAGAUGUUGAAAUAGUCUGAUUAUAAAACUCUUUAUCAUAUGAUGAUGGCUAGCAUGUUUAUUUUGAUGGGAAACUUAUGGAUAUAAGACUAUUUGGAGAGAGGUAUCAUAUUUGAUAUGGAAACAUUCUUCUGGUGCUUUUAAACUCCAGUAUUAGUAGCAGAACUUUGGUUUGCUUUAGUCUUAUCCAGUUAUUUGACUGUUUAUUGGGUGAACUACUGUUACUAAAAUAAGAUAAAGUCAUUCACAGCUAUUCUUGUAUUCAGUCUUCAUUAGAUAAUAAGUAUUUUGGCAGCUUGUUAUAUGACAAGUGCUUGGGUGGUAAUGAAAUUAAAAUUAUAUAGAAUGGAUUUGGUUCAAGAAUGAUUGUAAUGUGUGAAGCAGUAAGAAUGAUGAUGAAAAACUAUUCUUAUGCUCGUAAUAAGAUGCUUUAUGGUACAGAAAAUAAAUACAAAUAUUAUAUUCUUCAAUAAUUUGAAAAGAAAGGAAUUACUAAACAAAAUGCUUUGCUUCCAGAUAUCAAUAUUCAAUCACUUUCUCAAGAAUUAAAGAGAUACACUUACUUCUUUUUGGCUCCAACAUUAUUAUAUAGAGAUUAUUAUGUAAAGGCUCCAAAUUACUCAAAGAAAAAGGUUAUAAUUGAAUUUGCCAAUUUCUUUUUGUGCAUUUAUUAUGGAUUCAUUCUAUUUAGAUCUUUCUGUAAAGAACCUAUACUUUAAUUGAGGUUAUUUUCUAUAUUUAUACUUUAGAGAGAACUUAACUUUGAUGAAUUUCAUUGUAACUCUGUUUAAGUUGAUGAUGCCAUCUACUUUUUCAUUGGUCCUUGUUUUCUUUGGUUUACUUCACAGUUGGUUUAAUGGAUGGGCAGAACUAUUGAGAUUCCCAGACAGAACAUUCUAUCAUGAUUGGUGGACAGCCUCAGAAUUUGGAUAAUAUUAUAGAAAAUGGAAUGUUGUAGUUCACGAAUUUCUUUAUUAUUAUGUUUAUUUAGAUAGUGAGAAAUUAAGUUAAGGCAAAAGAAGUAGAUUGUUUAGAUAAUUAAUUACUUUUGGAUGUUCAGCCGUCAUUCAUGAGAUUAUUCUUACAUUUGCUUUGGGUUUCUUUUAUCCAAUAUGUUUUCUUUUAUUUACAGGGCCAGGAAUUUUAUUUAUAUAAGCAAAGGAAGUCUUUAAAUCGGUAUUAAAUUUGAUUUAUAAAAGGGCUGGUUUAAUAUUUUAUUUUGGGUUUUGAUGUAUAUAGGAACUUCUGUUAUGAUCACUUUAUAUUUGACUGAAUAUUAUGCUAGAAUUCUAAUUAAUGAUCAAUUAAUAGAACAGAGAUGGGGAAUUAUUCAAUAUGUUAUUCCAAGAACAUUUUAUCUAAUCACAGGAAUUUGAUAG